AAAAUGAAAUAAUGAAGACAAAUUUAAUCUCAUUAAGGCAAGCACGAAAUUACGAAAUAUUGCGAGCCUUUCUCGGUACAUUGCCAGCCUCCACCGGCACAACGCCCAUAAAUAAUACAUUCCCGCUUGCUUUUAUACAAAAUUUGAACUUUCAACUGAUUUUAUUUGUCAAAGCACACAGCACAGUAACCGUAGGUCAUGCACACCUGGGCACACUCCCGCAGAAAAAUAUAUGGCAUUUUCUGAAUUCCAUCCGCGAGGCGCGCAAGAUAUUAAAUGGGGAAACAACAGUGUGAUAUCUGUGGCAAAAAAAGCGAAGACAAAGAGAGUGAUACUUUGUUAUUUGGCGAUUGGAUGAUUAGACAGACGCUGAGAGUCCACUACUUCUGCCUGCUAUUAUCCACAGACCUCCCUCAACGCGGUGGCGACUCUAGCGGCAUUCUCGGCUUUCUACUGCGCGACAUUCGCAAGGAAGCCGUCGCCGCCAAGAAACAUAAAUGUGUCUAUUGCCAUGAGAAGGGAGCUAGCAUAGCAUGCCACAAGUGCCACACACGCUUCCACUUGGACUGCAGCCUGAGCAAUCGGUGCACCUCUGAAUUCUGUGGAGACUUUCGCAGCUACUGCGAUGCGUGCACACCCCUGGACGACUACAAGCGCCAGCUGUUGGCCAAUCCCCCGCAGAAUAAACGCUGCGAUAUCUGUCUGAAAGCCAUUCUUCCCUUCUCCCUACACAAUGUCGCCUAUGGAGACUGUUGCCGGAAAGGCUUUGCCCACCGGAUGUGCAUGCGUCGCUACGCCCUUGCCUCAGGCUACUAUCUGCGCUGCAUCUGGUGCCGCAAGGAGAAAUUCCGCGACAUCAUUCGCCAACAGUCGAUCUUCGUCCCGGACCGCGACGCUUCCUGGGAGAGGCAGAAAAAUGCUUACCAGGAUCUGCACCAAAAGCACAUGCGAUGCGACCACAAAAAUUGCCUCUGCCCUAAAGGACGAGACUACAACAAACACGGCUGGAUCAUAUUUCCCUGCAAGCUGUGUGCCUCGAUCGGAGCACAUCUGAAGUGUCUUGCGGGAACUCUGAGACUGUCACGUGGCUCUGAACCCGUUGAUUUCAAGUGCGAUGUCUGCCUCGAUGUGGAACAGAAACUCUUAAGUAACAAGCAGCUUUCCAUGCUCAAUGCAUCGGACACUGGCAUAACGAAGCAAAAUGUCGAAAUGUCCUUUUAUGUGCCCAAGUCAAGUCCUAAUCUACCCGUGGACUUGAACACUGAAACACAACCGGUUUUCUCCGACGAGGAAAAUUCCGAAAAUUCGGAUGUCAGCGGGAUAACAGUGAUCGCAUCCCAGCGGGCGUCCUGCAUAGCCACUUCCAAAAAAGAUAUACCCGUCUCUGUGGAAGCAACUAAGCCAUCGCCAGUAAAUAUCUUGAAAGAAACUAUCGUCAACAUCCCUGAUUCCCCCCAGACCCAGCUGCAGUCCCAGCUCCAGAGUGAUCAGGAAUAUUCCCCAGGUCUGGUAAUACGGCAAUCAUACACCUGUGCGGGAGAGCCAUUCUUCUACCUGGUAACCCACGAGUUCGAUGAGCGUGGGUGGGGGGAUUGCACGGGAUCCUGUACCCUCCGAUUUGCCACGGAUGACCCCAGGCUCAAGGAUCGGUCUCCCGAGGCCUUACAGAACCUACUGAUCACAGAAGAGGACAUUUGGUGUCGAGACACAGAUCGUGGCAUCUUUAGCCUAGUCCAUUCUAAAAUAUUGUCUCCUUGUCAUUAGCUAAAAUAAAUAUAAGAACAAAAUUCAAUGCUUUGUCCCAGCAGCACACCUUCGUGGACCAAUCGGCAAAGACAAUGCAAUUAAGUAUUCUCUGAUGUAUCUUUGAUGUUACGAAGCAUAGCCCAAGAGAGAAUGGAAAUAAAUUUAAAUGGGUUUCGUUCCUGA